AUGGCCGCGCCCCGGAGCCCGGGAGGCGGCCGCCGCUGAGCGCGCCCGGCCCCGCCGCCCAGGCCGGGCCCUGGCCCCCGGCGCGUCGCGGUCCCCGGCGCGCUCGGCUGCGGGUCCCGGGGCGCCGGGCGCCGUGCGCGGGGCGGGGCGGAGCGGGCGGCCGCGGCCAUGGAGCCCCGGCGCCGGGCGCUGCUCGCCCGGUGUCAGCAGAGCCUGGCGCAGGCCAUGACCGAGGUGGAAGCCGUGCUCGGGCUGCUCGAGGCCGCGGGCGCGCUCAGCCCCGGCGAGCGGCGGCGGUUGGACGCGGAGGCCGGGGGCGCCAAGGCGGAGCUGCUGCUGAAGCUGCUGCUGGCCAAGGAGCGCGACCACUUCCAGGACCUGCGCGCAGCGCUGGAGAAGACGCAGCCUCACCUGCUGCCCAUUCUCUACCUGGACGGCGUCGCGGGGCCGCCGCAGCCCGCCGAGGGCGCCGGGUCUACCUACAGCGUCCUGUCCAUCAUGCCCUCGGACUCGGAGAGCAGCAGCUCCCUCAGCAGUGUGGGCACCACUGGGAAGGCACCAUCCCCGCUGCCCCUCCCUGCCGACCAGCAGGUAAACGAGAAGGUAGAAAACCUCUCCAUUCAGCUGCAGUUGAUGACCCGAGAGAGGAAUGAGCUACGGAAGCGCCUGGCCUUUGCCUCUCACGGGGCGACCUUCGACAAGAGGCCCUAUCGUAGGCUGAACCCUGACUAUGAGAGACUGAAGAUCCAGUGUGUGCGGGCCAUGUCAGACCUGCAGAGUCUGCAGAACCAACACACCAACGCCUUGAAAAGGUGUGAGGAGGUGGCCAAGGAGACCGACUUCUACCACACCCUCCAUAGCCGGCUCCUCAGCGACCAGACGCAGCUGAAGGACGAUGUGGACAUGCUGCGGCGGGAAAAUGGGCAGCUGCUGCGGGAGAGGAACCUGCUGCAGCAGUCCUGGGAGGACAUGAAGCGGCUGCAUGAGGAGGACCAGAAGGAGAUCGGUGACCUCCGGGCCCAGCAGCAGCAGGUGCUGAAGCACAAUGGGUCAUCCGAGAUCCUUAACAAGCUGUACGACACAGCCAUGGACAAGCUGGAGGUGGUCAAGAAGGACUAUGACGCCCUGCGGAAGAGGUACAGCGAGAAAGUGGCCAUGCAUAACUCGGACCUGAGCCGCCUGGAGCAGCUGACCGAGGAGAACCAGCGGCUGCUGAAGCAGACGGAGAUGCUGACCCAGCAGCGGGACACGGCCAUCCAGCUGCAGCACCAGUGUGCCCUCUCCCUGCGGAGGUUUGAGGCAAUCCACUACGAGCUGAACAAGGCCACGGCCCAGAACAAGGACCUGCAAUGGGAGAUGGAACUGCUGCAGUCGGAGCUGACGGAGCUGAGGACCAUGCAGGUGCGCACAGCCCAGGAGUCGGAGAAGUACCGGGAGGAGCGGGACGCCGUAUUCAGCGAGUAUAGGCUCAUCAUGAGCGAGCGUGACCAGGUCAUCUCCGAGCUGGACAAGCUGCAGACGGAGGUGGAGCUGGCCGAGUCCAAGCUCAAGAAUAGCACAUCUGAGAAGAAGGCGGCCAACGAGGAGAUGGAGGCCCUGCGGCAGAUCAAAGACACAAUGACAGUGGAUGCUGGGAGAGCCAACAAGGAGGUAGAAAUCCUUCGAAAGCAGUGCAAGGCUCUGUGCCAGGAGCUGAAGGAAGCCCUGCAGGAGACGGAUGUGGCCAAGUGCCGGCGGGACUGGGCCUUCCAGGAGCGUGACAAGAUCGUGGCAGAGCGUGAUAGCAUCCGGACACUGUGUGACAAUCUGAGGCGGGAGCGUGACCGGGCAGUGAGUGAGCUGGCUGAGGCCCUGCGCAGCCUGGAUGAUACUCGGAAACAGAAGAACGACGUCAGUCGGGAACUGAAGGAGCUCAAGGAGCAGAUGGAAUCCCAGUUGGAAAAGGAAGCUCGGUUCCGGCAGCUGAUGGCCCACAGCUCCCAUGACUCGGCCAUUGACACGGACUCCAUGGAGUGGGAGACGGAAGUUGUCGAGUUUGAAAGGGAGACGGAGGACAUCGACUUGAAGGCACUAGGGUUUGACAUGGCAGAAGGUGUGAAUGAGCCCUGUUUCCCAGGGGACUGCGGCAUAUUUGUCACUAAAGUAGACAAAGGAAGCAUUGCUGAUGGCCGCUUAAGAGUCAAUGACUGGCUGCUGAGAAUCAAUGAUGUGGACCUCAUCAACAAGGACAAGAAGCAGGCCAUCAGAGCUCUGCUCAACGGGGAGGGCGCCAUCAACAUGGUCGUGCGGAGGAGGAAGUCCCUGGGCGGGAAGGUGGUCACGCCCCUGCACAUCAACCUCAGUGGGCACAAAGACAGCGGCAUCAGUCUGGAGACCGGAGUAUAUGCUGCUGCCGUGGCGCCUGGCAGCCCUGCUGCCAAAGAAGGGACGCUUGCUGUGGGAGACAGGAUUGUCGCGAUCAAUGGCAUUGCACUGGACAACAAGUCUCUGAAUGAAUGUGAAUCCCUGCUGCGCAGCUGCCAGGACUCCUUGACGCUCUCCCUCCUGAAGGUGUUUCCACAGAGCGCCUCGUGGAGCGGCCAGAACAUCUUUGAAAACAUCAAAGACUCUGAUAAGAUGGUAAGUUUGCGAGCCCACGGCCCAGAGGUCCAAGCUCAUAAUAAGAGGAAUUUGAUGCAGCACAAUAACUCCACGCAGACGGAUAUCUUCUACGAGGACCGUCGGGAAGACAGGAAGGAGCUGGGUCCACCUGGAGGCAGCAGCUCCUUUCUUCACAAGCCAUUUCUGGGGGACCCUUUUCCGGCCUCCCCCCAGGCCUGUCCCAGCGCCUCCGAGCGCAGCCUGAGUUCCUUCCGAUCUGAUGCCUCUGUGGAGCGUGGCUAUGGGCUGGUGGACAUGCGGAGCCGGCAGCCCUUGCUGCCCUUUGAGACUGAUGGGGGCCCCUGUGGGACAGUGGAGGCCCCCUUGGACAAGGCAGACUCUGAGGGCUCCAACAGCGGUGGGACUUGGCCCAAGGCUGUGCCUGGCUCUGUGACGGGGCCGGAGAAGCUCUCUGUUUAUAAGAAGCCAAAGCAAAGAAAGUCCAUCUUUGACCCGAACACUUUUAAAUGCCCUCAGAUACCCCCCAAAAUUGACUAUGUGCUCCCAGGCCCUGGGCCUGCCCACUCCCCCCAGCCUUCCAAGAGGGUGGGGCCUCUGACACCCCCGAAGCCCCCCAAGAGGAGUGACUCCAUCAAGUUCCAGCACAGACUAGAAACCAGUUCUGAAUCCGAGGCAACUUUGGUGGGCAGCUCCCCAUCCACCAGCCCCCCGACCGCCCCACCGCCUGGCCUGGAUCCUGGGGAACCCAUGCAUGCGUCACCCCCUCGCAAGGCCCGAGUCCGCAUCGCUUCCAGCUACUACCCCGAAGGGGAUGGGGAUACCUCCUGCCUGCCCGCCAAGAAGUCCUGUGACGAGGACCUCACCUCCCAGAAGGUGGACGAGCUGGGGCAGAAGCGGCGCCGGCCAAAAUCUGCUCCCAGUGGUCGGCCCAAGCUGGCUCCGGUAGUGAUUCCUGCUCAGUUCCUGGAGGAGCAUAAGUGUGUCCCCGCCAGUGGAGAGCUGUCCCCAGAGACCCAGGAGUGGUCGCCUCACUCACCGGGGCAUUCUAGCCGGCAGGGCACGUCCCCAUUCUACCCCAACAGACCUUCUGUGGGCACCGUUCCCCGGAAUGUGACCCCCAGCACCACUGUGAGCUCCAUCCUGCGGAAUCCUGUCUACACUGUACGCAGCCACAGGGUAGGCCCCUGCAGCUCUCCACCUGUGCCCCGAGAUGUCGGCCCCCAGAAUUUGCCUCCCAGUGUCCAGCACCAGGGACGCUUGAGCCUGGACCUGAGCCACAGGGCCUGCGGCGACUGCUCUGAAAUGAGAGCCUCCCACGGGUCCAACUCACUGCCCUCCAGCGCCCGACUCGGGUCCUCCAGUAACUUGCAGUUCAAGGCGGAACGUAUCAAGAUCCCAUUGACCCCAAGAUACCCCCGCUCAGUCAUGGGCUCUGACAGAGGUUCCUUGUCGCAUUCCGAGUGCAGCACUCCUCCACAGUCUCCCCUGAACAUCGACACCCUGCCUGCAUGCAGCCAGCCCCAGACCUCAGCUUCCACAUUGCCCAGAAUCGCCGUCAAUCCCACGUCCCACGGGGAGAGGAGAAAGGACAGAUGUCUCUUCCACCACAGAUCUCUUCUGAGGCUGCCCAUGGCAACCAGGCCCAGGUCCUCCUCACUGAGGAGUCUGAGGCCUUAUGUGGAAGAGCCACGUCAUGUGAAGGUGCAGAAGGGCUCAGAGCCACUGGGCAUCUCCAUCGUGAGCGGGGAGAAGGGUGGCAUCUAUGUCUCCAAGGUGACCCCAGGGAGCAUCGCCCACCAGGCUGGCCUUGAGUAUGGGGACCAGUUACUUGAGUUCAAUGGCAUAAACCUGCGGAGCGCCACAGAGCAGCAGGCCCGACUCAUCAUCGGGCAGCAGUGUGACACCAUCACCAUCCUGACCCAGUAUAACCCACACAUGCACCAGCUCAGUAGCCACUCCCGCUCCAGUUCUCAUCUGGACCCUGCUGGAGCUCACUCCGCUAACCAGGGCAGUGGUGCCACCACCCCAGAGCAUCCCUCUGUCAUCGACCCACUGAUGGAACAAGAUGAGGGCCCUGGCACCCCCCCAGCCAAACAGAGUACCCCCAGCUCCAGGACUGUGGGAGAUGCCAACAAAAAACCCCCAGAGCCCCGUGUUGUCUUCAUCAAAAAGUCCCAGGAACUGGGAGUACACUUGUGUGGUGGGAACCUGCACGGCGUGUUUGUGGCUGAGGUGGAGGAUGACAGCCCUGCCAAGGGUCCUGAUGGCCUCAUGCCGGGGGACCUCAUCCUUGAGUAUGGCAACUUAGAUGUGCGCAACAAGACAGUGGAGGAGGUCUACGUGGAGAUGCUGAAGCCCAGGGACAUCAGCCGCUUGAAGGUGCAACACCGCCCGGAAGACUUCGCCAGGAUCAAGGGCCUGCCUGGCGACGGCUUCUACAUCAGGGCCCUGUACGACCGGCAGGGCGAGGUGGAGCAUGACCUGAGCUUUAAAAAGGAUGACAUCCUCUACGUGGACAACACCCUGCCCCAGGGCGCAUUUGGGUGCUGGAUGGCGUGGCAGCUGGACGAGAGCGCCCACAAGAUGCAGCGCGGGCAGAUCCCCAGCAAAUACGUGAUGGACCAGGAGUUCUCCAGGAGGCUCAGCAUGUCCGAGGUCAAAGACGACAGUGGCGCUGCAAAGACGCUGUCGGCAGCUGCUCGCCGGUCCUUCUUUCGCAGGAAACACAAACACAAACGCAGUGGGUCCAAAGACGGGAAGGACCUCCUCGCCUUGGAUACCUUUUCCAAUGACUCCAUUCCACUGUUCGAAGACUCAGUGAGCCUGGCCUACCAGCGGGUCCAGAAGGUGGACUGCACCUCUCUGCGGCCUGUCCUGAUCCUGGGGCCCCUACUAGACGUGGUGAAGGAGAUGCUGGUGAAUGAGGCACCCGGCAAGUUCUGCAGGUGCCCGCUUGAGGUGAUGAAGGCCUCCCAGCAGGCCAUUGAGCGGGGCGUCAAGGACUGCCUGUUUGUGGACUUCAAGCGGAGGAGCGGCCAUUUUGAUGUGACCACAGUGGCUUCGAUAAAGGAGAUCACAGAAAAGAACCGGCACUGUCUCCUGGACAUCGCCCCGCACGCCGUCGAGCGGCUGCACCAUAUGCACAUCUACCCCAUCGUCAUCUUCAUCCACUACAAGAGCGCCAAGCAGAUCAAGGAGCAGAGAGACCCUGUCUACCUGAGGGACAAGGUAACUCAGAGACAUUCCAAAGAGCAGUUUGAGACAGCUCAGAAAAUCGAGCAGGAGUAUAGCAAGUACUUCACAGCGGUUGUCCAGGGAGGACCCCUGUCGAGCAUUUGCACUCAGAUCUUGGCAAUUGUCAAUCAAGAACAGAGCAAAGCCCUGUGGAUCCCGGCCAGCUCCAUCUAGGAGGAGCCUGCUGGUGGGGAGCCUGGCUCACUCUUCUGGAUACUGAACACAGGACGCACAGGAGGAAGGGUCUGGAGCUGGGGCUGCAAGAGCACCUCCUUGAUGACAAGAGUGCCAGGCCGGCACACUGCUUCUCGCACCUGGACUUUGAGACAAAAUAAAGCAAAACAUAAAACUUGAUGGGAGGGGUCUAACACCCACCAUCCUGUAGCCAGCCGGUCAGAUGCUGCACAGAAAACCUUCAGAUCACAAGUUUACAAGCCUUUUCUAAGUAUUUGGUUGUUUAUGUUUACUUGAAUGGCUCCCACGUUGUCGGGGCCCAGCCCCUGCCCCUGUCACCCUGUUUCUUUGGUGUUGCUUCUGUUCCUGUCUUCAGCAAAAUGACCCUGGAACCCCGUGGUGGGUGCCUUGCUUCAGAAAGUUCUCGUUGGUGGGACCAGAGCUUCGGCAGACUGUCUGCUCCUCAGUGGCACCUCCUCUGGAAGGACCUCUCCCCCGCAGGUGCUCAGAUCGCUGGUGGUGGCAGAGCCAGGGCCUUGGUGAGGCCGAUGCACUGGUGGCAGUGUUUCGCUCCUGCACCCGCCAAGGAGGGCAGCUUUGGUUCUCACAGCUUCGCCCCUCGGCCUUGCCCUGCUGCCUCCCGUGGCCUCUUGUUUCUUCUCCAGCUGCGUUCAUAGUCAAGCAUCUGUCUGGUGUCUGGUCCACAGGGCUUAGUGGGUGCUCGGUGACACAGUGGGAUCCAGGCAGGUGGGUUUCCUUGGCUGCCCUUGGGUCCAGGGAGUCCCCACAGCCUUCCUUGGUGCUGUUAGCAGGGUGAUCCCUACCCUUGGUACAGCACAGCAGGUACAUCCGUUCUUUCCGAUAGGAAACAUUCGUGUUUCAGACUUUGAAAUGAGCAUUUUUAGGAAAAGUAUAGUGGUUAGUGUUGUCACUAUUGAGAAUCUAAAAAGCAAACCCAGGAUAUCUUGUUGAUCUUUGUUACUGCGCUCAAGGCAUGAACCUGACCCAGUGAGGAUGUCUUCAGUCGGUGUUGGGUUUCUUCUGUUUUUUCUUUCUUCUUUUUCUUUUUGCACUUCUGAUGCCAGACAUGUCUGGCCAGAGAUCUGAUGUGGUUCCCCCUUCAACUCUGUCCCGUGAAUAGGUACUGUACCAGGCUCCGUGUGUCAUUGGGGUAGGACCUAUAUUUUAAUACUGUUCCUAACGUUUCAUUUUACUAGCAAGAAAUCUUUGAUUUCAUUUUAUUCUUUGUAAUUUUAGACACUAGAUUGUAGUUUAGCCAUUACUGACAUUUUUUUAAAAAGGGAUAUAUUUUCUUGCACAGCUGUUCAAAAAAAGAGACAAGUUUUGGUCCUCAAUGCUGUCCUCUGUUUUACAGGUACAAGUUUUCUAGCUCAGCCAGCUUCGAGAGGCUGCAGAGCGCCUCUAGCUGGGCCUGCGCACCCCGGGGCGGGCUGAACGGGGAUGCGGGCGGUACGGAUCUGACAGCCUGGGGUGUUCUGUACUAAAUUGUUACUUUGUAUCAGAAGUUAAAGACUUUAGUACAACAAAUAAAGGUCAAUUUCUGUAA